UUUGUAUAAAAUACGCCUACAAUACGAAUAAAAUUUAACGAUACUUAUAAAAAAAUUUCAAUAUGAAUGUGCAGAACUCCCGGCGCAUGUGUCACCUCUAUCACUCCACUGCUUGCGUAACCUAUUUUUCUGCGAACAUUCGGUAUAACUGUACUUACGUCUAAUAACAAAAGAAGCCAAAAUGUCUACAAAAAAGUGGAUUGUAUUUGGUAUUUCUGGAUGCACAUGCAGUGGUAAAACAACCUUAACUAAUCAACUUAAGAAGAAAUUUGGAAACUCUGUUCUUAUAUGUCAAGAUAGCUAUUACUUUCCAAUUAAUGAUCCACGACAUAAAACUAUAGCAAAACUCAAUCACGUGAACUGGGAAAUAAUCACCAGUUUAGAUAUGGAUAAAAUGCGAUCGGAUGUUUUAAAGUUAAUUACGUCACCAGAAGAAGACACGUUUCCCGUGACAAAUGAUAAAAAGAUUUUAAUAUUGGAUGGAUUUUUACUCUUUGCAUGUAAGGUUAUUUCAAACUUAUGCGAUAAGAAAUAUUUCUUAACGUUAACUAAAGAUCAGUGUUGGGAAAAAAGGAAGGAUAGAUGUUAUGAUCCACCUGAUGUUCCUGGAUACUUUGAGCAGGUUGUAUGGCCAGAAUAUGUGAAACAUAAAAACGAAUUAAUGAAAGACAAAGAUUUAUAUAAAACAAUAACAUUCAUUGAUGGAUCAAAAAAUAAAGAAGAAAUAUUUGAAAUGGUUUCUGCAGACAUAAAAAAAUUACUAUCAUAAAAUUUUUCUU